CGAGUCAGACGCCACACGUCGACUUCCAUGCCCGCGUUGUUAGCGAUUAUGCUUCUCUUUCCGCAGUAAUUUGGCGUUCUCCCCGUUGCAUACAUUACACACCACGACAUGGACACCGCGUGCGCGACGUGUGCCAAAGUGUACGGCACCGCAUCCGAUCCCCUUCAGGACAAGCCACUCCUCCCCGGCCGCCAUCUAGACUGUUGCGGCAGAUCGAUCUGUUCGAGAUGUCUGAACCAGAACAAGAGAUAUGAAACCUACUGUCCUUACUGUCAGAUCACCACCGAGCCCUCAUUACUCCCACAAGGCCUCAAAGACCCUCCAGCCUACUCCGCGCUCGACGAGAAGCCUCGACGGCCAGUAUCCCUCAAAGAUCUCUCCGACGAUGAACCACCCGCAUACUCCGCCCACUCGUCCGUGUCAACAUCGCGGCAAAUCAAACACGAUGACUCCGCACCCGACGUCCUGCACUUCCUCACUCCCGAUGAUAGCAUCCAUUCUCUGUCCCUAGCCUACCGCGUUCCUAUGUCUGCGCUACGAAAUACCAACAAUCUCCACGCCGAUAAUCUACUUCAAGGGCGCAGAACGGUCUUGAUACCGGGGGAAUUCUACAAAGGAGGCGUUUCACUGUCGCCCCGGCCGAUCGAAGGAGAGGAAGAGGAGGCGAAGAAGCAGAAGGUUAGGCGGUGGAUGGUGGCUUGUAAAGUUGUGGAAUAUGACGUCGCCCUUUUGUAUUUGCAGCAGGCCGAGUGGGAUCUGGAUGCUGCCGUUGAAGCCUACCGAGAUGACGAGAGAUGGGAGAAGGAACAUCCGAUGCAAGCCAAACAGAAGGCACGCAAAGGCAAGACCGCCAUGGAGGUAGGGAAGAGGAGGUUUGUAGGCUGAGGGAAACGAAACUCGCCUCAAGUUACCCGGGACAAUGGUCGAUUCCGCUACGGCGAUCCUGCCGAGUGCAAAUCCGAGGCUCAGGGAUGCUUCGAGGACGAGGCAAACAAUCUGCCAAUACGCUCGUCCAGCCAUCAUGCUCGACUAUCACGCGGAGAGUCGUCAAAGUGCAAACGGUGCAGCCCGGUCCAUCCAAUACCGCGCGCUAUAAGGCUGUUUGUGCA